AUGCGUCUCGUUAUUCGCCAAGAUUAUGAUGCAGUCUCAGAGCAUAUGGCUGCUUAUAUUAGAGAUCGAAUCAACGAGUUUAAUCCAACUCCCGAAAAACCAUUUGUUCUUGGAUUACCCACCGGCUCCUCACCAGUAGGAGUUUAUAAGAAUUUAGUGAAAUAUUAUCAAAAUGGAGAAUUAAGUUUUAAAAAUGUCGUAACUUUUAAUAUGGAUGAAGAUCACCCAGAAAGUUACCAUUCAUUUAUGUGGCACCAUUUGUUUAAACACGUGGACAUCCUUCCACAGAACGUCCAUAUCCUUAAUGGUAACGCAGAAAAUUUGGAUGAUGAGUGUAAAAAGUUUGAAGAGAAGAUGAAGGCUUUUGGUGGAGUUGAGUUAUUCUUAGGAGGAAUUGGUCCCGAUGGUCACAUUGCGUUCAACGAACCUGGUUCAUCUUUGAGUUCACGAACUCGUGUUAAAACUUUGGCCUAUGACACAAUUUUGGCAAAUUCACGCUUUUUUGAUAAUGACAUUAGCAAAGUACCCAGGAUGGCUUUAACCGUUGGUGUAGGAACCGUGAUGGAUGCCAGAGAAGUAGCUAUCAUUAUUACAGGAGCUCAUAAGGCACCCGCAUUGGCAAAGUGUAUUGAAGAAGGAGUUAACCAUAUGUGGACAGUAUCUGCAAUUCAGUUACAUCCAAAAGCAUUAAUUGUAUGCGAUGAAGAUGCAACUUUGGAGUUACAUGUUAAAACAGUGAAGUAUUUUAAGAGCAUUGAACACGUAGUCAAUGAUUUAAUCGGAGCUGAGAAUGUGGGAUUACAAGGUAAUGUAUUGUAUUAG